AUGGCUGACGCAGGUGGUAUUACUGAUGAACGGCUGGAGACCCAUGAGAAACCCGGUGAUGAAGAGGAAGAAAUCGCUGCUAUGAAAAAGCGGGUUGCCGAAAUGGAGUCGGAAGCCGCCAAGCUACGAGAGAUGCAAGCGUCACUGGACCAGCAGUCAGAGAGCCUGCGCGAGGAUAAAGAAGACAUCGAUGCACGGAGCAUAUUUGUCGGGAAUGUCGACUACGGCGCCUCGCCCGAGGAGAUCCAGGCGCACUUCCAGAGCUGUGGGUCGAUAAACAGGGUUACUAUCCUGCUCGACAAGUUCACUGGUCAUCCCAAAGGGUAUGCGUAUGUGGAAUUCACGGAGCCGAGUCUUGUGGCUCAAGCACUUGUUUUGAACGAGAGCGUCUUUCGUGGGCGGAACUUGAAGGUUGUCCCCAAAAGAACCAAUCUGCCGGGAAUGGCUCGAGGUCGUGGUCGUGGCCGGGGUGGAAUCGGUCGCGGAUUCGGACGCGGGGGAUUCCUUCCUCGAGGCGUAUAUCGUGGAGGCUAUAGAGGUCGGGGGAGAGGAUAUGCACCAUACUGA